AGCAUGAGUAACAUCUAUGAGUCUGCAGAGGCCACGCUGGGCUUCAUCAGCUCUCCAUGUCUGACCAAGGUGGAGCUGAGAGUGGCCUGCCGGGGCAUCUCAGACCGCGAUGCCCUCUCCAAGCCCGACCCCUGCGUCGUUCUUAAGAUGCAGUCACACGGCCAGUGGUUUGAGGUGGACCGUACGGAAGUGAUCCGCAGCAGCAUCAACCCGGUUUUCUCCAAGAUCUUUCUGGUGGACUUCUACUUUGAGGAGGUCCAACGGCUCCGCUUUGAGCUCCACGACAUCAGCUCGGCCCACAACGGCCUCCGCGAUGCCGACUUCCUCGGAGCCAUGGAGUGCACCUUAGGACAGAUUGUCUCCCAGAGGAAACUGACCAAAGCUCUACUCAAGCAGGGGAACACUGCCGGCAAGUCUUCCAUUACGGUAACAGCAGAGGAACUGUCUGGUAAUGAUGAUUAUGUAGAACUCUCCUUCAGUGCUCGAAAACUAGACGACAAGGAUUUCUUCAGCAAGUCAGACCCUUUCCUGGAGAUCUUCAGAAUAAAUGAUGAUGGGACUGGGUCACUGGUGCACAGAACUGAAACAGUGAUGAACAACCUGAGCCCUGUGUGGAAAUCCUUCAAGGUUUCCCUGAACACCCUCUGCAGCGGGGACCAUGAGCGAGAGCUAAAGUGCACUGUAUGGGACUGGGACUCGAAUGGAAAACAUGACUUCAUUGGCGAGUUUCAGACAACAUUUAAAGAGAUGAAGACAGAACAGGAGGGCAAACAGCUCCAGUGGGAGUGUAUCAACCCGAAAUACCAGGUAAAGAAGAAGAACUACAGAAACUCCGGCGUUGUCAUCCUCAACCACUGUAAGAUUAUUAAAAUGUAUUCCUUCCUGGACUACAUCAUGGGAGGCUGUCAGAUCCAGUUCACCGUGGCGAUAGACUUCACAGCGUCCAAUGGGGACCCGAGGAACAGCUGUUCCCUCCACUACAUCCACCCUUACCAGCCCAACGAGUACCUGAAGGCCCUAGUGGCCGUAGGGGAGAUCUGCCAAGACUAUGACAGCGAUAAGAUGUUUCCAGCGUUCGGCUUUGGAGCCCAGAUACCACCUGACUUCAAGGUCUCCCAUGAUUUUGCUGUGAACUUUGAUGAAGAUAAUCCAGAAUGUGCUGGGAUCCAAGGCGUUGUGGAGGCCUACCAGAAUUGUCUCCCUAAGAUCCAGCUAUAUGGGCCCACCAACAUUGCCCCUAUUAUUCAGAAAGUGGCCUCCUCUGCUUCUGAAGAGAUGCACACUAAAGAAGCCAUGGAGUACUUCAUCCUGCUGAUCCUGACAGACGGGGUCAUCACCGACAUGGCGGACACGCGGGAGGCUAUCGUGCACGCCUCCCACCUGCCCAUGUCGGUCAUCAUUGUCGGGGUGGGCAACGCCGACUUCACCGACAUGCAGAUGCUGGACGGGGACGACGGGAUCCUCCGUUCCCCAAAGGGCGAGCCCGUCCUCCGCGACAUCGUCCAGUUCGUCCCCUUUAAGGACUUCAAACACGCCUCCCCAGCCGCCCUGGCCAAGAGUGUUUUAGCAGAGGUCCCAAACCAGGUGGUGGAUUACUACAACGCUAAAGGAAUCAAACCGAAGUGUAUGUCCGACUAUGAGUCUACAAGGCCUUUCAGCCCCUGACGACGGACUAAACACACCUGUGCACACACAUAUAUACUUGUAUGUAUGAUAGACAUAUAAAAAAGCACAAAACACACACACACACACGCACACACAUA